AUGAGCACCUUUCAAGGCCAGGCCUACAAUGUCUCCCCGUUCACCACCGCUGUGGUAUCCUCGAUGCGCCGUCUCUACCCCGAGUCCCUGGCAGACAAAUCCUUCGACAAUACGGGUCUGCUGGUCGAAGCUCCCUUCAUAUCCUCCCGGCCUCGCAACCGCAACUCGGUCCUGUUGACCGUCGACCUUACUCGAGCGGUCGCAGACGAGGCAAUCGAGAGCAAUCACUCUGUCGUGGUAGCCUACCAUCCUAUCAUCUUCCGCGGUCUCAAAUCCAUAACUACGGAUGACACCCAGCAGUUGUCCAUGACGCUGCUGCUGGCGCAUGGCAUCAGCGUAUACUGUCCGCACACGGCGGUUGAUACUGUUCCUGACGGAAUGGCCGACUGGCUUUGUGACAUUGUGACGGGGAAGGUGGACGAGCCGGAGCCAGGCGCGUAUGACGCGAAUCCUCUUCCCUCGGAUACAGAAGUCACCACCUCUGAAAGCGAUUCGGAAGAGCGAUCCAGUGCUUCUACAAAACCAACCUCUUCGUCCGUGGACUACGAUGAGGACGCCAUGGCGGACCCGUUCACUACCCCUAAAGCAAAGAUGAAGCUCUCUCGCCCAAGCCAUGCGCGCAGAACCUACUCCAGACCAAGCUUGCCACUCCCGACAUCUGACUUCCAUGCUGCCGUCAUCUCUCACACUCGUAGCGUCAUCACUCCUUCUCCCCGGGCUUCCCUUGACGCGGCAAAUCAAUUUACUUCGUCGGAUAUGUACAAUACCUCGAAUACUGGAGCUGGUCGAUUGAUUGAGUUUUCGUCCCCACAACCCCUAACGCUUCUGAUUACACGCAUCGCUCACGCGAUCGGCCUUCCCAAAGGUUUUGCGGUGGCCAUCCCUCAGGGGAGAAAUCUCGAGGAGAUCGCCAUUUCGAGCGUUGCGACGUGUCCAGGCAGCGGAGGAAGCGUGGUCCGGGGCUGUAAGGCGGACUUGAUAUUUACGGGCGAGCUGAGUCACCACGAGGCCCUGGCGGUCAUCGAGCGGGGCGGGUGUGUCAUUGCCCUGUUCCACUCAAACUCUGAGAGAGGGUAUCUUUGGAACGUGAUGAGGGAGAAGCUGGAGCGGGAGAUUAAUGAGGAGUGGAUCAAGGUGAGACGUGAGGAGAGUGGAAAGAGUGGUUUGACCGAGCAGAUCAAGGAGAUGUUGAAAGAUGAGAGUGUGGAAGUCGUCGUCAGUGAGAGAGAUCGAGAUCCCUACGGGGUUGUGGUCCUGGAUGAGACGGCAGUUGAGGGAGUCAAGAUUGACGGCGAAACAGUUGAGCAGUGA